AUGAAGAAGUUUAGAAGUGCAGAACUAUUUGCACCAAGUUCAUCUAGUCGACCUAGAUACUAUCGUUACUCUGAAUUCAAUGAUAUAGGAGCACUACUUUCAACAAAAGAGUCAACCAAUCUACUCAGAUACAAGUUUGCACGUGGUGAUACAAGUAAACUUACUUUUGAUCCAUCAAAAGAGUUCUACUUUGCAUUUUUUCAAGCUACUGAUGUAUCAUUACAACACCGGAUCAUAGACUUUUUGGGUGAUGCUUUCUAUCUAGAAGCAUACCAUUACAUGAAAGCUGUAAUACCUCAUCACAGUGUAUUCAUUAGAUUAUUGGACUAUUAUAGAGAAAAGAAAAUUUUAUUGGUAGAAAAUAAUCCAUUUGUUAUACUAUUGGUUGGUGUAGUAUGGUAUCAGAAUAAGUGUAGUAAGGAAGCAUCCUUCACACCAUUGGAACAAGUGACUCUUCAAGAAUCCAAAAAACCUAUUCCCUUGGAAGUAUACCAAUCUCUAAUGGGACCAAACAAAUCAUUAUAUUAUUUCUUUCAAUUUACGGAUAAAUUAUUUAUGGUCGCCAACCAAGACCUAAUUAAUCCUUCAAAUAAUGACUAUAAAAUUCAUUAUCUAUCAAGAGUAGUCGAGAAUAUUGCUAUUAUCUACAAUGAUAAUCCUUUUAAUCCUCUAUUCAUUGAUUAA